CCAAUGUUAUGUGACAUCCUUGGUAUUGAACCACGCCCAAAUAAUGGGUCCCUGUCUAACAUGAAGAUGAUGAUGAUGGGAAAUGAUAAACCGACACCUAUAUCCACCGCCACCAUGUUUGUGAAUUGCCAAGGCUCGUUACUGAUGGCAUUCAUUUGCAUUUYUUUUACUGAUUUAAAUUUCCUCAGUUUUGCGUAACCACAAGACGAAGAUACAGAGAAUACCGUGAUCRCGUGAUUAGUUUUGAAGUCCGCAGUAWAGGUGAMGCGAUGUUAAAGAGAGAUUUUUUCGCAAGCGUUACAGAAACAGUUGUCGGAUGGACGUACAGUAUAUCAAAAAGAUGAAUUGCAACUUUCAAGGGACUUUAAUAUUAUUUCAUGUAACCAAGGAAGCUUUAAUAAGAUCACAUAUACAAGCUUUAUUCUGUAGAACAUCAGCAUAACCAUUUAGCUUGGGCUGCCUGUGUUUUGGCGCGAUUAGCUUGCCAGGGAUAUGUAUUUCAAACGACACCUUUCGCAGUUGAUGUUUUUUAUCUAUAUAAGUAUUUGGCACAAGGAAGUUCUUGAUUUCAUUUCAGGGCGCAUAAGUCACGAAGCUUUCACAUCUGCACUGACAUUUAAUGCGUUAAAGUGUAUUUGGAAAAGAAACAAUAAAAAAGAUUAAAAGUCACUGCAGUUGACAGUAUWCACAAUAAGCAUAAGUUAAAUGUUUGUUUAGAGCUCUGAUUGGAUUGGUUAAGACAUGUAAUGGGAUAUUCAUAUUUAUUUUGCAACAAUAACAGCGUAAAACAAGGUUACAUUGUUUGGUGACCCUUCGCAUUCUUUGGUGAUUGAAGCGRUGAGACGCGAACAUAAUCUUUGUUUCUUUAACAACAUGUUUCGUGGCAGAUCUAUCUUUUUGCGUUUCUGCACCAUUGUAGUUUGUUCUGCAACAUGUCUCGCUGAUUACACACCAGUAAUUCUCGUCUCSAUGGACGGCAUGGGAUGGCAGUUUCCUGGUGGACAAUAUGCUAAUACACCCAAUCUUGACUUCAUAGCCAAGACUGGAGUCCAAGCAAAGUACAUGGAGACGGUAACGCCUACUAAAACGUGGCCAAAUCACCAAACCUACGUCACUGGACUGUAUCCUGAGAGCCAUGGGAUGGUAAGCAAUGUCUUCUGGGACCCAGAACUGAAAGCUAAGUUCAUCUUUGAAUACGACUGUAGCAACUUCGAUCCUAAGUUCUGGGGCGAAGCAGAACCGUUAUGGCUGACCCUGCAAAAACAWGGCAUCGAUACAGCAGUGUAUUUCUGGCCAGGAUUUUCCAGCUAUAACGUCAAGCCAACUUACUACAAGAAGCCCAUUUGUAGAGUGAACUGCCGUAACAUCCAAGACUUACCAGCGUCACGCAAGCCAGUACGUGACACUUUCCCGCCGUAUGAUCAUUGCUUUCCUAAUUACUCGAUCCCUUUUCCAACUCGCAUGGAUUCAAUUGUCAACUGGCUCACUUCAGAUAAACCACCUCGUUUUGUUGCCAUCUACGUUGAUCAGCCUGACUGGGUUGGCCAUUCUGAUGGAUGGAAAUCUCAAAAAUUCAAAGAGGAAAUCGAGAAAGUCGAUCGUGACGCCGUUGGGUAUUUGAUUACAAAACUUAAUAGCACUAAUCUUCUUGACAAAGUGAACUUAGUGUUUGUUGCCGACCAUAGUUUUGUAGAUGUUAACGCAAGUAGAGUAUUAUUUCUGGAGGACUUUUUGGACUUGUCAUCGUGUAUGGUGACGGAAGCAUCAGCAUUUGUUCACGUGUGGCCCAACGAAGGAAAGUUUGAUGAGGUGUUUGCUAAUCUCACCAAACUAGUGAAACAUCUUCCUCUGGGAAAACUAUACAAGAAAGAAAACACCCCKAUGGAAUGGCACUACMGAAACAAUCGUCGCAUCCCACCAAUCUACUUGGAUGCAGGACUUGGCUGGCUUGUCGAAAAAAAACGUAGUAAUUACUCUGACAAUUGGAUCUACGGCACACACGGAUGGCCUGCAGGAGAACGAAUGGGAUCGAUUUUCUACGCACGCGGUCCGUCGUUCAAGAAAGGCUACAAAGUGGAUCACGGUCUACGAUCUAUCGAUGUAUACCCAAUGUUAUGUGACAUUCUUGGCAUUGAACCACGCCCAAAUAAUGGGUCCCUGUCUAACAUGAAGAUGAUGAUGAUGGGAUAUGAUAAACCAUGGAUGUUGUUGAAAAAGCUGUUGAAAGUAGGAAAUAAAAAAAGCCGUCGAGAAUUCGUGUACGGUCGAAAACUGAUGCAAUUUCUAAAAUUCACUUGGCAUCGAGGGCCGAAAGUUAUAUGGGGUCUUGAUACGACUCGUAAAACCUGCAGCUCUCCUCUCGCGGCCGUAAAAUAACUCGUAAAAAAACAAAAAUGUAAAGCAAUCUUAGCUUCUUGUAAACGUUAUUAAAGUUUUUACCUCAGUGUUUUGAGUUGCUGUAA